GAUAGAAACACGUUGAGCUAAGUUGUCAGUCAAACUGGUAUCGACCGCCCGACAGUGAAAGCCAGGUUAUUUGUCAUAAAUCCAGGCUGUAUGUGUUAGCAGUAUAAACAGGGCUGUUUUGGCUCGUUGUUCUGUGUGAUCUCAGACCGCAGGAGGAUAUGCUGGUUGAUAAUCUGCCAGAUCUCAGUCAGGAAGGAAGCAUUUGCGCUACAAACCUGCAGACCUGAGCUAACUAACCCAUUUUUAUUCAACUGCUUCACGGCUCCUUUCCACUGCGUUUUUUUCUUUCUUUUUUUUUUGGAAAUGAGAACGACAUUAUUCCUGCUGCCCGCCAUCUCAUGCUGCUGGUUGGUCAGUGCCACACUUUCAAAAUCUGAUGCAAAGAAGUCGCAUAAAGCUGAGGCCGAGACUUCUCCAGCUGAGUUGUGUGUGUUGGAGAGAGGCCUUGUUGUUUCAGACCCGCACUGGAAAGACAUAGUGAAGGAGGAAAAGAGAUACUGUGCUCACAUCAAGAAAACAUUUCAAGGACAAGUGCUCGGAUAUGUCACACCUUGGAAUUCCCACGGCUAUGACAUCACCAAGAUGUUUGGCUCUAAACUCACGUCAGUGUCUCCAGUGUGGCUUCAGCUCCGCCGACGGGGACCCGAAACCUUUGAUGUUACUGGACUCCACGAUCACGACCCAGGCUGGGUCAAAGCUGUACGAAAGUCGAACAAAAAAGUGAGGAUGGUGCCUCGGCUGCUGUUUGAUGGCUGGUCUUACCAGGACUACAUGAGCGUGCUGGGGAGUGAAGAUGAAAUUGAAGAGCUGGGAAGUGAGCUGGUGGAUGUGGCAAAGACUGAAGGUUUCGAUGGGUUCACCUUGGAGCUGUGGAGCCAGCUGGGAGGGAACAAACGAAAGGAGCUGGUCCAUUUGGUAAAACACAUAUGUGAGGCUUUGAAGGCUAAAAGAUUAGACUGCAUUCUUGUCAUCCCACCUGCUGUGACAAGUACGGGGCAGCCAGGUAUGUUUGGCAGGGAGGAGUUUGAGCAGCUAGCUCCUGCCGUCGAUGGAUUCAGCCUCAUGACAUAUGACUACUCCAGCGGUGCCAGGCCCGGCCCGAGUGCUCCCCUACCCUGGGUCAGAGACUGUGUCCUCCAGCUUGCACCCAACACUCAGUGGAGGCAAAAGAUCCUGCUUGGACUCAACUUGUAUGGCCUUGAUUUUGCAAGCCAGGGAACAGAGCCGAUCCUGGGAGGAAGGUACGUAGAGAUUUUGCGAGAACACAGGCCAAAACAUCUGUGGGAUGAAUAUUCUGGAGAGCACUACUUCACAUACAAGAGGAACAAUGCAGUGAAGCAUGUGGUGUACUAUCCAUCACUGAAGUCCAUCUACCUGAGGAUUUCUUUAGCUACUGAACUGGGAACAGGGAUUUCCUUAUGGGAAUUAGGACAAGGACUGGACUAUUUCUAUGAUCUCCUAUGAGAGUUGGACUUGAUAAGUGAAGACUGUGGACCCCAAAUCAUCAGCACAUGGAUUUUAUUUCUUUUUUCCCUAAAUAUGGUGCACCAAAAAUUCAAGAGCUAUAAGCUUUUUUUUUGUUUGAGGGUUAUGAACUGUUGAGGAAUCUUGUCUACAGGAACACAUUUGGGAUGUGUUGAUUGAAAGGAUAUUAGCAGCAGACACAAGGUACUUCAGUGUGUUGUAUUCCUUUUCAUGGAUUAUAUUGUGAAAAAAUUCAGUUUGUACAGUACAGAGUGCAGUAACACAUCUCCAUCUCCAGCAACAGAGGGUGCAUGAUCAUCGAUAUGUAUACAGUUUAAAUGAAGGGUUAUAUUGUUGUUCUGAGGGUCUCAGAGCUCACGUGCCCCAAACAUCUGCAGCCUCUCCUCAGUCCAGAUCCAGAAAUCUUCUGUUUUGCUCUUCAUCAACCACAAUCGUGUCUGCUCUUGGAGUCUUUGCUUGCUGUGAAGAUGAAUCUUUCUGUGGUUUUGAACAUCCCCAAAACCUGACGCCGCAAGUUUUGUCAUUUUUUUUAAUUUUCAAACUGAGACAUUUGAUUGUGUGUUUUUUUUUAUUAGGUUUAUAAUGACAGCAUUGACAAGUAAUGAAGUUGUAUUUACAGUGUUGCCAAACAUCUUCCAAUAUUUGUCUGAGAUGAAUGUUUAAUUACAUGAAUAUAUAAAUGUGGAACAACUGAGCUGUUUAAGUUGAUGUUCCUGAUGUUAAAAAUUACUUGGCACCACAGAGCAGUAUUAGAUUAUUUACAGCAAGUGUGGUUGACUGCAUAUUCUGACCAGUUAUUAGGUGUCUGUCAAUGACUACGUGCACAGCAUCUUCUGGACUUGCUGGAAAACAGAGAUAAAUAUGAGAGGGCUUUAGGUUUAGCUUUUAAAAAUGCUAAAAAAGUCUUUUUCAAAUUAGUAUCUGUGCUCUGCAGUUCUGCUCACCUGUGUAUGAUCCACCACUGUCUUUCACAAAGUCUUCCACAACCAAGGGCAGGUUGGCAAAGUCAGGCCUCCGCACCAGUUCAA